AUGUCUUAUUGCGUUUUCUGCGGGAUCAUCUCAAGGGAGACGGAGGCGGAGGCGGAAGAGUCCUUUUCCUUCUGCAAUCGGGGCAGAAAAGAGAUUGAUUUCGAGGAGUGGGAGGAGUCGCCCAUCAAAGAAGCAACAUCAAUCACAUCUCUGAAAGGCCAGUUCUUUUGCUUUAGCGGAUCAGCCAUGAAGAACAAGAAGGGUCGCCGCGGCCGCAACAAAGCAACUUGCAACGAAGACGCUGCUUGCAAAGCAAACGGAGACAGGCUUAGCAGGCUGCCCAAUGAUCUUCUGCUCAAUAUCCUGGAGAGGGUGGAGACGUUUGACGCCCUCAGAGCCUGCAUCCUCUCGAAGCGAAUGCUGCAGCUCCCCGCCAUGCUCUCGCAGAUUGUUAUCGAUGUUGGUUCCCUCGUCCCUGACCCUGAUAGCUCCCGUGAAUUUGGCAUCCGUGAUGUGGCUAGGGUCAAUGGCGCUGUCGCUAAGAUAACUGAUAACAUCUUGUGGAUGAGGAGCCCAGGAAUCACCAUCCGCAAGCUUAAUGUCAGAAUGGUCUUGAGGCAUUAUGACGUUCUCUCUGUUGGCAAAUCUUUUGCCCACGCCAUGGCAACCCAGAAGGUCCAGAAAGCUGAAAUUGAGUUCAUGACGGAGAAGGCUUGCGCGGAUUGCACACCUGCCGAUCUCGUCGACUUUGCCAAGUGCUUCAAUACUAUCCUUGCUGAUUGUCUGGAUGCAUUCGCUGGCCUUACGCGCCUAUGGCUGCAAAAUAUGCGAUUUGGUGAAGGCGACAUCCCCAAUGUCCUGACCACUUGCAAGCGGUUGAAAUCUUUGCGAUUGUCCUACUGUGACUCAGGGAUCCGUUCUGUGCUGUGUUUAGAACAUGCUCAACUCGUUGACCUCGAGAUCGACUAUGGGAAGUUCGAGAAAGUUGUGCUCAACUGGCUACCGGAACUCCAACAAGUGACUUAUAAUAACUGGUGCUCUUACGACGAUGAGCCCCUGUCUUUUGGUUUCGUUCCGCAGCUUUCAAAGCUAAGCCUCGCGAAAAUUGCUGUCUGCUCAGACAGGUGUCUAGAGUUGAGCCAGCUCCUUGCUAAUUUCCUCUCCAUAAGCGAACUGCAUCUGAAUUUUCGAAGUGAAAAGAUUUGGGUUCUACCAGAAUGUCCGAAACUGCUCACGCCUGUUCUUGGCAAACUGCGGCUUGUGAAUCUGGAAAACCUUCCUGAAGGAUGUGAUAUUGCUUGGACAAUGUUCAUUCUUGAAGCUGCACCGGUCCUGAAGGAGCUAUGCAUCACAGUAUGGGAUCAUUGGUGCAUCAUGGUGACAGACAAGGAGCACCGGAAGGCGAGUGGUUACUGCGACAACAGAAACGUAGAGUGGAAGCCAUCUGUUUCCAUUUUGAAGCAUAAGAAUCUUGCCAAGCUCACCAUCUAUGGCUUCCAAGCCGAUGAUAACUUCAUUCGAUACGUCAGGCGUGUCAUGGUAGCUGCGGUGAACAUGGAGGAGAUAUCUCUUCAUGACAGGAUGGUGUGGAAGUGCUGUAGUGACUCGGAUCCCAAGACAAGGUAUCCACGGACUGAUGAGGAGAGGCAACAUGUUAUAGAGGAACUGGGAAUGGAUCUUCAUUCCGUGGUUCACUUCCGGUCCUAA